AUGUCUCAUCAAGAAAAGUUAUUUCUCAAAGAUGAAGACAUUAAACUACUUAGAACCAGAGCUAUUACUAAAUUAAUUAGAAAUAUUAAAGAUAAAGCACAAGAUCCAAUAGAAAAGAGUUGUUUACUUUUAGAAAAAAUUCAAAAAGGUCAAUUUGUGGCUCUACAUGGACCUAAAGCAUCUAGAAAAUCUAUGCGAGUGCUCCAACUUCAGGAGCAAUUAAAUAAAAAAGGCAUUAACAGUUUAUCUUUUGAGCAAAUUAGCAUGAAAAGCAUAAACAAAUUUUGGCAAACAUUAGACAUUUAUCUCAACAUUAGUGUUCCUAAACAAUUUGAAUUUGAUAACAUUAAUUCUGCCAGUGAUUUUGAUAUAGCAUUUAAAAAAAAUAGAUGGAAAAAUCUUGUUGUUCUCCUUAUCAAUGAGUUUGAUAUGUUAUACUCUGCAACAGAUGAUAUUUGCUUAUCAUGCCUAAGUACUCUUCAUAGUAUUAAAGCAACAAAAGAUUGUUAUGCAUCAAGUCUGUCUUUAUCAUUAGAUCUUUCA